UGCAUCUACUCCGUAUCUUUACCAACCUGAGAGCUCCAUGUCUUUUCUUUCGUUGCUUUUUUAUUCUUGUUCUUAUUCUUCUUGAAAAGCCCGUCACAUCCAGGACUCCUGCUCCAGUCUCUCUUGAAGCCAAACAUACACAGUCACUUCUCAAUUCUCUCCAAUUACCACCGCAGCCAUGGGUCGCAAGUUCUUCGUCGGAGGAAACUUCAAAAUGAACGGGACCAUCUCGUCCAUCAAAGAGAUCGUUCACAACCUGUCCACCGCCAAGCUCGAUCCCAACACUGAGGUUGUCGUCGCUCCUCCCUCCCUCUACCUCCUCCUGACCCGCGAACAUCUGUCGGACAAUAUUGCAGUUGCAGCCCAGAAUGUAUUUGACCGACCGAACGGUGCUUUCACCGGCGAGAUCUCUGUGGCACAGCUCAAAGACAGCAACAUCACAUGGACACUAGUCGGCCACUCUGAACGUCGCACGAUUCUGCGUGAAGAGGAUGAGUUCGUGGCAUGCAAGACCAAGGCCGCUCUGGACGGAGGAAUUGGUGUCAUUCUGUGCGUCGGCGAGAGCUUGGAGCAACGAGAGGCUGGAACGACGGUCGAUGUUGUCACCAAGCAACUCGCGGCAGUCAAUAACUCAGUCGGCAAGGACGGCUGGGCCAACAUUGUGAUUGCCUAUGAACCAAUUUGGGCGAUCGGAACCGGAAAGGUUGCUACCACUGAACAAGCACAGGAAGUGCAUGCUGCCAUUCGAAAGUGGCUCAAAGAAUCCGUGUCGAGCGAGGUGGCCGAGGCGACUCGAAUCAUCUAUGGUGGCAGUGUGACCGAGAAGAACAGCCCCGAUCUAGCCAAGCAGCCCGACGUGGACGGUUUCCUCGUCGGAGGUGCCAGCUUGAAGCCCGCCUUUGUAGACAUUGUCAACUCCAAUGCUUGAGUACUAGACGAUCACGUGCGACAUGGAUGGAAAUCACAACGAGGCAGAGAUUCGAUUCUCACAGGAUUAUAUUAGUUCUACAAGCCAGUGAUUGACUUUGACACGAAAUGGAAAUGCUCUCAAGUCUCAAACCUUGCUAAGUAAGCCUGGUCCGGGGGAUCGCUGUAAUGCGUCAUUGUAGAAAUCCUAUAUGACAUGUCUGUAUGCAAAAGAAUUAAAUCACUAUGAUGUGGGG